UGUCUCAUUUAACGGGUUUCUGCUGGCCUUAGGUCUUGCGCGGCUUAUCGCGCCAUGCAGUGCUUGGCUUAGGUAACCCAUGACGGAAGGCGGCGAUGUUUCGAGUCUGGAGUCUUGGGAGUUCUCCAUCACGGCGCUUUUCUCGUCUCUCGCACUCGCCUUCGGCUUGCAAUCAUCAAGACAAUAGCACUAUCCAUCGAUACCAGUCGAACAGCACACACCGUCAGGAUGGGUGGCAUACUGUCUCUCCCCCUCCUGGCGUUGCCCAGCGCCAGCACGCUGGUCACCCUUGCGACAUCCUGCUGCGGUGCUGCAACGUGCUCUGCCGUCUGCAGUGCAUGUGGGAAGUUCCAAAACAGCAUGGCCACGAGGAUCGCUUACGCCUUUAUCCUUUUAAUAAACUCCAUCGUUUCCUGGAUUAUGCUUACACCAUGGGCACUCAAGAAACUUCAGCACUUGACCCUAGAUUAUAUGAAAAUCCGGUGUGACGGGAAAGAGUGCUAUGGCUGGGUGGCCGUGCAUCGCAUUAAUUUUGGCCUCGGUCUUUUCCAUCUGCUCCUUGCUUUCAUGCUUAUCGGCGUUCGUUCAACCAAAAACGGCAGAGCUGUGUUACAAAAUGGGUUCUGGGGUCCCAAAAUCAUUCUGUGGAUUUUGUUCGUGGUGAUGUCGUUCUUCAUUCCGGAGUCGUUCUUCUUCGUUUACGGCCAUUAUAUUGCUUUUACUUGCGCCAUGCUCUUCCUCCUACUUGGCCUUAUUCUUCUCGUGGAUCUCGCACACUCCUGGGCGGAGAUGUGCCUGCAAAAGAUCGAGGAUCACGACUCGCGCCUGUGGCGCUGGUUGCUUAUCGGCUCGACGCUUGGCAUGUACCUUGCGUCGAUUGCCAUGACAGUUUUGAUGUAUGUGUUCUUCGCAUCGAGUGGAUGUUCCAUGAACCAAGCCGCAAUCACGGUCAAUCUCAUUGUCUUCCUGAUCAUAUCGAUGGUUUCCGUACAACCAGCGGUCCAAGAAGCCAAUCCGAGAGCAGGGUUGGCUCAGGCAGCCAUGGUAACCGUGUAUUGCACCUAUCUCACCAUGUCGGCCGUAUCGAUGGAGCCCGACGACCGCCAUUGCAACCCCUUGAUUCGUGCCCGGGGAACCCGAACUGCAAGCGUUGUCUUGGGUGCUAUUGUUACAAUGGCGACGAUCGCUUACACCACUACUCGAUCUGCCACCCAGGGCAUUGCACUUGGGUCGAAAGGUGGACAUAGCUACUCACCACUGGGAUCUGAGGACAAUGAGCAUGGCCUUGUAACUCAGCAGCCGACAAGCCGCCGUGAGAUGCGUGCAGAGGCUCUGCGGGCUGCCGUCGAGAGUGGUAGCUUACCUGCCAGUGCCCUGGAUGACAGUGACGAUGAAUCUGACGACUAUGACACCAAGGACGACGAGCGGGGGGCGACUCAAUACAACUACUCCCUGUUCCACAUAAUUUUCUUCUUGGCCACUACCUGGGUGGCCACGCUACUGACGCAGAGGCUGGAUCCUGAGGCAACGGACGACUUUGCGCCCGUCGGCCGUACUUACUGGGCUAGCUGGGUGAAGAUCAUCAGCGCUUGGGUGUGCUAUGCCAUCUACCUGUGGACUCUGAUUGCACCUGUCCUUUUGCCUGAUCGCUUUGGUGCAUAUUAGGAUUGCCAUUAUUGUAAUGGGAUCCCCUCAGGAGUCCGUGGCGUUUGGUUUGGGAAGCACUUUUGGGUUUUCCUAGAUUCGUAUAACUACAGCGACUGUCUUUCGUUUUUGUAAUGCAAUGCUCCUUGGGAAACUGUUAUCAUAGCACUUUUUAUGAAAGAAAGUUGCCUUUCGAUGAUUUUCAUAGCUCUGCUGGGCGGUCAGUCAGC